AUGGGCCAGCAAGCUUCCUCCGCCGCCGCCGCUACGCCGGACCUAAAGUCAUGCCUUACCACAGCAGUGGGAGGUGACGCCAACGUAGCCUUCCCGUCCGAUCUGCUUUACCAGAUCACCGACGUGAAGCCGUACAACCUGGACAUCCCCGUUACGCCCGCCGCCGUAACCUAUCCCGACAGUGCCGAGCAGGUUGCCGGUAUCAUCGCUUGUGCCGCCCAAUACGACCACAAAGUCCAGGCGAGGAGCGGCGGCCACAGCUAUGGAAACUAUUGCCUGGGCGGCAAAGGCUCCUCAGCCAUCGUCAUCGACAUGAAGAAGUUCCAGCAAUUCUCCAUGGACGAAGACACCUGGGUCGCCACCAUCGGCGCCGGCACCCUCCUCGAAGACGUCACUGACCGCCUGCACAACGCCGGCGGCCGUACCAUUGCUCACGGCACAUCCCCCCAAAUCGGCAUCGGCGGCCACGCCACCAUCGGCGGUCUGGGCCCCCAAUCGCGCGAACUCGGCACGGCCGCGGACCAAGUCAUCGGCUGCGAAGUGGUCCUCGCCAACGCGUCCAUCAUCUACGCGUCGCCGACCUCGUACCCAGACGUCUUCUUCGCCAUGCGCGGCGCGGGCGCCAGCUUCGGCGUCGUGACGCAGCUCGACUUCCGCACGGCGCCCGAGCCGGGCGAGAUGGUGCUGUACGAGUACAACAUCACGCUCGGCGACGCCGCGACGCUGGCGACGGCGUUUAAAGCGUGGAAUAACUUGGUCAGCGAGCCCGAGCUGAGCUGGAAGUUUACGUCCGUGUUGACGGUGUUUGAGGGGGGGAUGAGCAUCUCCGGGACGUUUUUCGGCGGGCGGCCCGAGUUCGAUCGGUUGAAUUUGGAGGGCGUGUUGCCCGGGGUCGCGGAUUUGAAGGUGUCGGUGACGAAUUCGUUCGUCGGCGCGGUGGGCGAGUGGGCGAACGACCUGUUGCUCAAGAUCGGCGGCGGGAUACCAGCCGCCUUCUACUCGAAGUCGCUGUCGUUCUCGCCGACGACGACGCUGACGGACGAGGCCAUCGACGCCAUGUUCGAGUACUUCGACAAGGCUGACAAGGGCGGCGCGCUGGCGUGGUUCGUCAUCUUCAACCUCGUCGGCGGCCAGAUCAACGCGAUACCGAUGGACGACGCGGCGUACUCGCUGCGCGAUUCGCUGUACCAGCUGCAGAGCUACGCCAUCAGCCUUUUGCCGCCGGUUUCGCAGAAGACGAAGGAUUUCUUGAAUGGGGUGAAUGAGCUGAUUGAGGGGUAUGUGCCGGGCGUGAGAGGGGCGUAUCCCGGGUAUGUGGAUCCGGAUCUGCCGGAUGGGCAGGAGCAGUAUUGGGGGGCGAAUCUGCCGAGGCUGGAGAGGAUCAAGGCGGAGGUUGAUCCGACGGAUUUGUUCCAUAAUCCGCAGAGUGUGAGGCCCGCGGAAGCAUGA